AUGAGAUUCUUGAGUAAAAGACUUGUAGGGGUGGAAGCAAUCUUAGAAAUCUAUGAUUGUAAUAUCUCUAGAGAAAUUGCUUAUAAGCCUGUGGAAAUGAAUGGUGGUCAUAGGUUGUUGCCUAGCCAGGGGUGUGGUUACACGGUUGCCAGCCAACAGAAGGUCCAAGGCAAGAGUCUUGCAGCUGGGCCAAUCAGGGUUCGAUUAAGAGCUGUGUGCCCAUUAGUGGUAGUUGGUGCUGGAAAACCGCCAAAAAAAUGGGCCAAGGCAAAGGCAGCUACUGAGUAUAUGAGCAAGGCAAUUGACAUGUGGCGAGGAACCAAAAAGUAUUCCCAAGCUCAAUUUGGGAGUAUUGUAUAUUGA